AUGCUCGCAAGUUCUGCUCGCGCUUGGCUAUGCGAAGCAAUUAGAGGGGCCCUAGGGGCCCCCAUGGGGCCCCUAGGGCAUCGCGGACGCCCCCAACGAGCGUUGGCCCUUGCAUUGGGGGCCCCCACGGGGGCCCCCAGACUUCUGGUGAUGGGUACGGCAGCAGGGGGGGCCCUUGGGCGGCAAUUGCAGCUGCAGAAUUCUUGCUGCAUAAGAAUACAGCAGCAGCAGCAGCAACAGCAACAACAGCAGCAGCAGCAACAAUGCUGGUGUGUGAGAGCGACUUACCGACACCAGCAUCAUUGCCCCCCACUGCAGCAGCAGCAGCAGGACCCUCCUGAACAGCAGAAGCAAAAGAAGCAGCAGCAACAGCAGCAGCAAGAUCCGCAACACCAGCAUGAUCAUCCGCCAAAGCAGGUGCAGCGUAACCAGCAAGACAUGCAGCAGCAACAGCAGCAGCAACAGCAGCAGCUGCAGCUGCAGCAGCAUAGUAUGCACAUUGCAUAUGAAGGGGGCCCCUGGGCCCGUCAAUUAUACCCUCCAAUUGGGUACUGGGGCCUCCAAGAUGAGCUGCGGAUGCUGUUAAAGGCGGGGGGCCCCUGGGGUUGGGGGCCCCUACUGAUAGCAGCCUUACAAGAGUGCAGCAAGAAUGGCAGCAGCAGCAGCAGCAGCAGCAGCAAAAGAAACAACAAUAUACGUAGCAGUAACAGCAACCACUGCAGCACCAAGAGCCACCGCAGCAGCAGCAGCAGCGGUCCGAGCAGCAGCAGCAGCAGCAGCAACGGUCCGAGCAGCAGCAACAGCAGCAACAGCAGCAACAGCAGCAGCAGCACUGAUUAUUUGUCCGUUGCUGGUGCUGCUGGAGGGGCCCCCGAAGGCCCACCAAGUGGAGCUCAGCUGCAGCAGCAGCACGAGCAGCUGCUGGUGUGGCUUCGUGCUGCUGUUGUUGCUGCUGCUGCUAGGGGAGAUACACCUGAACAGCAGCUUGCUGCUGUUGCUGCUGCAGGGACGAAUCAUCUGCUGUCUGUACACCGCAGCGUCUCGCUACGAGAUGCUGCUCACUUUAUCUUUGCCUUAAGCAGACUCAGCAGCAGCAACAGCAGCAGCAGCAGCAGCAGCAGGAAGGCAGCACAGCGUCUCCUAAGCAGCAGCGCAUGCAUGCAGCUGCUGCUCUCUGCAACAAAUACAGCCAUUGAGCAGCUAAAGGAGAAAAUAAAAAAGUACAACAACCCCACCACUCCCCCCGAUGCAGCAACAGCAGCAGCAGCAGCAACAGCAGCAGCAGCAGCAGACCGCCUAAGGAGCCACGGUGUAUCUGCUGCUCUCUUAUGGAGUGUUGCUGCUAGGGGACAAGGAGACAACCCAGCAGCAGAUAGGAGGGCGCAGCAGCAGCUGCUGCGGCUAUCGGAGUUGCUGCUGCGGCGUCAGCAGCAGCUGCUGCUCCCCUUAAUACGCGCUUUGCAGCGGACGCAGCGUCCUCUGCAGCAGCAGCAGCAGCAGCAGCACGAAGAGCUGAGGAGACACCUGGUUGCUACUGAUUCUGUCUCCUGGUUCCUCUUCUCUGCUGCAGCUACGGUGUCUCUCUCCUCUACUCUUGCUCGUAGGGCUCUAUGGGUGCUGCAGCACGUAGGAGGCUUACAGCAGCAGCAGCAGCAGCAGCAGCAUGCGAGUAGGGGGCUGCUGCAGCAACCUGGGGUACCUCUUGGGGCCCUGCAACGUCUUGUGGCUGCUGCUGCUAUGCAGCAGGAAGCCCGCAGCAGUAGCAGCAGCAGCAGUAGCAGCAGCAGCAGUAACAGCAGCAUCAACAGCAGCAGCAGCAGCAACAACAGCAGCAGCAACAGACGGAGUAGUAGGCCAGCCCAUUACUACAUGCACCGCAUAUGCGACUUAGCUCUCUCCCGCCUCGCUAUCCAGCUGCAGCAGCAACAGCAACAGCAGCAGCAGCAGCAGCAGCAACAGCAACAGCAGCAACAGCAGCAGCAGCAGCAGCAGGACUGCGAACGCCCGAGUCUGAAGUUGCUGCUGGAUUUAACAAAUUCUCUUCUUCGCCUUAGCAGCAAAUCACACAAUGUACAGUUGCUGCUGCUGCUGCUGCCGAGACUCAUACGCGAUGCAGCAGCAGCAGCAUCAGCAGCAACAGCAGCAGCAGGGGCAGCAGCAACAACACAGAGGAGUGUGUCUGCUGCUGCCACGUUCUUAACGAAGCAAACAACCCCAAAAUUGGCAUUAUCUCCUGCAGCAACAGCAGCAGCAGCAGCACCAUCACAAUCAGCAGCAGCAGCUGCUGCUGCACCUGCUGCUGCUGCUGCUGCAGCUGCAGCAGAAUGGGAUAUGGCGCUGCUGCAGUUGACACCGCAGCAGGUCCUUAGCUUGUUGGGGGCUGCUGCGAGGCUGCAGUUGCUGCAGCUGGAUUGCUGCAGCCAUCCGCAGCAGCAGCAGCAGCAGCAACAGCAGCAGCAGCAACAGGGGCUCGAACCCAUGGCGGAAGACAGCUCGUGGGUUUUGCUGACAAGAGAGUAA